CACCAGCGGCUCCUACCACUCUGCAGCUCCUAAUAUAGACCCAACUGGUUUGUAACAAACCAAACAGUCCCCGUCAUUCGAGACCUGCUUUUUUUUUUUUUUUUUUUUUUUUUUUUCAUGGACAAGCAGCAUAAUGGAGCCUCUUUCACAGGUGUCGGGUUCACCAGAGGAGCCGAAGGUGAAGAAACAAGAGGCCGACACCACGGUCUACCUGAACUUCAUGAAAAGUCACACUUGCUACGACGCCAUUCCAAUCAGCUGCAAACUGGUCAUAUUUGAUACAACUUUACAGGUGAAAAAGGCCUUUUUUGCCCUGGUGGCAAAUGGCUUGAGGGCUGCGCCGCUCUGGGACAGCAAGUUGCAGAGAUUUGUGGGUAUGCUGACGAUUACCGAUUUCAUCAACAUACUCCAUUGUUACUACAAGUCACCAAUGGUCCAAAUGUAUGGACUGGAGAGCCAUAAGAUUGAAACAUGGAGAGGUGAUUCCCUUCAAAAUGUGUACUUAAAGUCUCCAACUCAGUUCCUUAUCAGUAUUUCUCCACAGGCCAGCCUCUUCGAUGCCAUCUAUUCCUUACUCAGAUACAAGAUCCACAGACUGCCUGUCAUCGACCCGGAGUCAGGAAACGUUCUCCACAUCCUGACUCACAAGCGAAUCCUCAAGUUCCUGCACAUAUUUGGGAAAAAUUUGCCCAAGCCUGCACUUCUAAAGAGGCCGAUCCAGGAGCUGGGCAUAGGGACGUUCAGGAACAUUGCUACUGUCCACCAGACAUCAUCGCUUUAUGAAGCCCUGUCCAUAUUUGUGGAGCGGCGAGUGUCAGCACUCCCUGUGGUGGAUGGGCAAAGCAAAGUGGUGGCGCUCUACUCAAGAUUUGAUGUCAUCAAUCUGGCAGCCCAGAAGACCUAUAACAACCUGGACAUGACGAUGGAGGAAGCCAUUCACAGACGCACGUGUUGCGUUGAGGGUGUGAUGAAGUGCUAUCCAGAUGAAUCUUUAGAAAUGGUCAUAGAUCGGAUAGUUAAAGCAGAGGUCCACCGGCUGGUUCUGGUGGACAGGUUGGACGUUGUGAAGGGCAUCAUUUCUCUGUCUGACCUCCUGCAGGCUUUGGUCCUUACACCUGCAGGGAUCGAUGCUCUUCUAUCCUAGGAAGAAAUAAAAGAAGUUCCUCUUUUCUGCUUUUCUGCCUUUGCAGGCUCGACGUCUGGCAAUGUGCAAAAGCAGGUAUGCUCUGACAUUGUUCCUCUCCCUUCCACCCUUAGCAACAACCGUCCACCAUCUUAUUUGGUUACCAUAACUAUGGUGUAUAUUUUUAUUCAACCCCCUUCAGAAGUUAUCUAAGACUACGUUUACAUUUCUAAGGUGAAAAACAUGAAAAUGAGUAUGUUUGGGAUGCAUCAGAUAUAGCUUGCAAUGUUGAUUUGUGUCUUUUAGAGAAUGAAUGAAAGGAGAGAAGAUUGCCAAGCUGUGCUGUUUACAGUAAGAUGAUGAGUGUCUCCAAUCCCAUCUCUAAUGAGGCUCCCCACACUGACUGAGUUUGCACAACGUGAUCAAUAUGUUUACUCCCUGUAAUCCUGCGUUUGUAUUAAAUACAUGUGAACAGA